AUGGCGUCCCCAAGGACCGCCUCUCACGCGGAGCCAAUCGGAACUCGCGGAGGGGCUGCUGGGGGCUUCCAGGAGCGCGCAUGUGCGGACGGCUGGCUGCAGGCGGCCGGGCGGGCUGUAACCCGCCGCUGGACUGGCGCUUUUGUGUCCGGAGGCUUCGGCCUGGCCGCUGUCGCCUAUAAGCUACCAGGAGGAGCUUUACGACUUGGCCGGUCGCAUCAAAGGCCAGACUCUGCGCGAAGAGGCGCUACGCGCCAACCGGCCGGCACCUGGCGGGCACCAUCCCACGGUGGCGCAGAAGCUCCUCAAUGGCCAGCGCCAGCUACAGCAGCGGCCGCGCACUCGCCUCGCCUGAGCUUGGGUACGUGCGCCCCACAACACCUCCCCCAGCCAGGGCCCGGGGACACCCGGGAGCGUCCCCCCGCUACCUGGCGCCGCUCAUCCUGGGCGGGAUAUUUUCCCUUAUUUCUUUUAGGCGAAUGUGCAUUGGGAAAGUCGACAUUAAUCAACUCAUUAUUCCUCAUAGAUUUGUAUUCUGCAGAGUAUCCAGGUCCUUCUCACAGAAUUAAAAAGACUGUACAGGUUGAUGCUGCUGGAUGCUGGCAGCCUGUUAUCGAUUACAUUGAUAGUAAAUUUGAGGACUACCCAAAUGCAGAAUCAUGCACGAACAGACAUCAGAUGCCUGAUAACAGGGUGCAGUGUUGUUUAUCCUUCAUUGCUUCUUCAGGACAUCGACUUACACCAUUGGAUAUUGAGUUAAUGAAGCGUUUGCAUGAAAAAGUGAAUAUCAUCCCACUUACUGCCAAAGCAGACACACUCACACCAGAGGAAUGCCAACAGUUUAAAAAACAGAUAAUGAAAGAAAUCCAAGAACAUAAAAUUAAAAUAUAUGAAUUUCCAGAAACAGAUGAUGAAGAAGAAAAUAAACUUGUUAAAAAGAUAAAGUACCGUUUACCUCUUGCUGUGGUGAGUAGUAAUACUAUCAUUGAAGUUAAUGGCAAAAGGGUCAGAGGAAGGCAGUAUCCUUGGAGUGUUGCUGAAGUUGAAAAUGGUAAACAUUGUUAUUUUACAAUUCUAAGAAAUACUUUGAUAAGAACACACAUGCAGGACUUGAAAGAUGUUACUAAUAAUGUCCACUAUGAUAACUACGGAAGCAGAAAACUGGCAGCUGUGAUUUAUAAUGAUAACAACAAGAAUAAAGGGCAGCUCACUAAAUCAAACUAUUCCGAGCUAAAG